AUGGUCUUUAAUCGGAAGUUUGUUUCCCCUAGGGAGGUUAUUGAGGCAGCGAUGAGAGCCUUCAAGGAUUUUGCGGAGAUCAAUCUGCAGAAGAAUGGAACUACUACUAAUCAGCCCCCUCAACCCAGAUCUUCAGUUUGGCAUCCCCCUCCUCGAGGUGUUAGCAAAAUUAACAGCAAUGCUUCUUUGGGUACGGGGAAAAAGGCUGGUGGUCUCGGGUUCGUUCUUCGCAACAGUCAUGGUGACUGCUUGCGGGCAGUGUCUAAGCCAGCGCAGUUCCACACUGCCAUCAUCAGAGAAGCGUUAGCCAUGAGGGAUGCUGUUCUAUAUGCCUUGGGCGACUGUGUGGAAAAGGUUGUGGUGGAAUCUGACUCUCUCGACCUGGUCCGUCUAAUCCAAGAUACCUCUAGGACAUCUCCUUCUGAGAUUGGUAGUAUUGUCCAAGACAUUCGCCACUUGAUCACUUAUUUUGUGCAAUGUGAUAUAGCACAUGUUUUUAGGGAGACUAACAGCUUCCCUGACUCCUUAUCCAGGAGGGCCAUGUCUUGUGCGUGUGAGACGGUUUGGCCAAACUUCAUUCCUUGGAUCCAGGAUCUGUGUAACCUGGACUCCUCGGUUGUUUCACGCUUUCCUACUGAAUGA